UGGGUAUUGAGGUUUGGCGUCACGUUUUGGAUCCAGCAUGGCAGCGCAACAGAAACGGAAACUGGAGGAGCUCAACAUGGACGAGUUCCUAGUGAAGGGGUUUGAUUCUCUAGAUGAAGAUGAUUCUGGAGAGGAGACUCUUAAACAAGAAAAGAACAAGAAAAAGAAGGACGUGAAGCCUAAGAUACACGAGAAUAAAGGUAAAGCCUCUCAGCACAAGGAGCAGCUAUCCAGGUUAAAGAACAAAGAUCCAGAGUUUUUCAAGUUUCUCCAAGACAACGAUCAAACACUGCUGAAUUUUGAUGAUGAAGACAGUUCUGAAGACGAGGAUGAGGAAAAGUACCACACACUACCAUCUUCACUGAAGGAGGGCAGCUCUGAUGAAGAUGAGGAUGGUGAUGAUGAUAAUGAUGAGGAUUAUAAGGGUCCGAGUUCUUCGAAGAAAAAGGCCGUGGAGGCGAUCAAAGUCACAGACAAAAUGAUUGAAGAAUGGAAAGUGGGCUUGAAGAAAGAACCCACCCCUCGUCUCUUCAGAGAAGUUACUCAAGCCUUUAAGGCGGCGGUCGCCACAACGAAGGGUGAAGGACAGGCUCAGUGUCGGUACAAGGUGGCCGAUAGUUCAGUGUUCAACGCAUUGGUCCUUUUCUGUAUAAAAAGUAUUGGUCCGACCCUCCAGAGGAUGCUUAGCCUCAAGCCAGACAAAGACCAGAGAAAGCUGGUGCUCCCCUCUUCUAGUCCAAAGUGGCAGAGGAAUCAGACUGACAUCAAGAUGUAUCUCAGUGGAGUCGUUCAGCUGUUGUCUUGUCUAACAGAAUCAACAGUCAUCAACGCAGUCCUGCAGCACGCCAACCAGCUUGUACCGUACUACCUUUGUUUACCUAAACAAUGUCGUCCGCUCAUCAAGCAAUUAUUAAAGCAGUGGAGCACAGGGGAGGAGACGAGCCGGGUUCUUGCUUUUCUGGCUCUCAACAAAAUCUGCCGACACAAGCAGGAGACGUAUCUUACCCCUCUUCUCAAGCAAAUGUACAUUUUCUAUGUGCAAAACUGCAAGUUCACAUCUCCCAACGUGCUGCCCAUGAUCAACUUCAUGCAGAGAACUUUAACAGAGAUGUACUCCCUGGACACACAGGCCACCUAUCAACAUGCCUUCGUCUACAUCCGACAGCUGGCCAUUCAUCUCAGAAACGCCAUGACCAUGAAGAAGAAGGAAACAUACCAGUCGGUGUAUAACUGGCAGUAUAUCCACUGUCUGUACCUGUGGUGUCGGGUGCUCAGCACCCUGCAUCCCAGUGACGUUCUGCAGCCUCUCAUCUAUCCACUCUGCCAGGUGAUAAUCGGCACAAUCAAACUUGUCCCUACUCAGAGGUAUUACCCCUUGAGGAUGCACUGCUGCAGGGCCCUAACCCUGCUGUCCAGCAGCACCAACACGUUUGUGCCUGUUCUGCCUUUCCUCUUGGAGAUCUUCCAGCAGGUGGACUUCAACAAGAAACCAGGCCGAAUGAGUAAGAAACCCAUCAACUUUGCAGUCAUCCUGAAGCUGAACAAAGUCAACCUCAUGGAGAAGGCCUACAAGGAUGGAUUGAUUGACCAGCUGUAUGACCUGAUUCUGGAAUAUUUUCACACUCAAGCCAGCUCCAUCGGCUUCCCUGAGAUCGCACUGCCCACCGUUAUUCAACUGAAAGCUUUCGCGAAGGAAUGCAAAGUGGGCAAUUACUCGAAGCCGGUACGCCAGCUGUUGGACAAGGUACAGGAGAACAGCCGCUACAUCACGGCCCAGAGACAGAAGGCCAGCUUCGGAGUGGGUGAGGUCGCCGCUGUGGCGGCCUGGGAGAAGCAGAUCCAGGCGCAGGGGACCCCCCUCAGCAAGUACUUUGUCAACUGGAAGAAACUGCGAGAGAAAGAGAUACAGCUGGAGAUCUCUGGCAAAGAAAGGAUGGAGGAUCUGGACCUGCCUGAGAUCAAACGAAAGAAGAUUCAAAAGAAGAAGGAGGAGGACAAGAAGGAGUUCAAGGAUCUGUUUGAGUCGGACAGCGACUCGGAUGAAGGGGACUCGGGACUCAAAGUCAGAAAAGGUAAGAAGAGCAGCCCUGCGUCAGACGACGAGGAUGAUGAUGACCUUGAAGAUCUGAGUGACUCGGGUGAUGACGGAGAGAUGGAGGGAGGAGACAUAGGUGAUGACAGUGAGGAAGGGGAUGAAGAUUCCUCCAAGACUCCCCAGCCGCUGUCCUCCGCUGCCCUGAUAAGGCUGGCUGAGGGAGAUGAGGACGUGGUUGUAGAUCUGGAUCUGUCCGAUGAUGAUUGAAAUCCAUCAACUCUCCACAUUUAACACAUUUUUUGACUUUUUGUAUUUUUUUUUUUUUUUUCAUUACACGUGUACAGUGGAAAUAAGAUUGUGGUGUUAUUUUAUUCAAACUGCAAAAAACAAGACAGAGUUCAAGAA